AUGCAGACCGCUAAAAUCGUGCAGAUCAUCCGGUGCUGGUGCCUGAAAGUCUCAAUAGUAGUCUACUUGCUCAUAGUGAUACUUCACCCGCUAUUCGUUUGGCAUCUGUGGAGUUACUGGUGUAUGCGACAAGUUAUCUUGUUCUACCUGCCAAGCACGCUGCUCAUAGUGUUUUGGGAGGCUUUCUUCUCAUUCGGCGCAGUGUUCGCUUUCAUCACCAGGGGGAAUAAAGACGCUCAAGCGUUCUACCUGAAGGUCCACUUCAGCGUAGUAUACUAUGUAUUCUUCAGGUUCAUGCACGGGUGUGAAGUUCAUGGUUAUGAAAAUCUGCCGAAGGGUGGUGCCAUGCUCGCUGUGUUCCAUGGUCCCGCCAUCCCUCCCGAUGCUCCUUUCAUGAUGAGCCUUUCCUAUCUGAGAGAUGGACGCUUGCUUGGGUGCUUUAUCGAUAAGAGCUUCUUCGAAAAUCCAUUUCUCGAACACUUCUUCAAGCUCGUGGGCUGCAGCAGUGGCCGACAAGAAUUCUUGGAAGAUCUGAAGAAUGGUCAUCUGAGAGGCGUGGCCCCCGGUGGCGGCGACGAGGCCAUGUUUAGCAAAAACUACAAGCUGGAAUGGAAAUCCCGAUCCGGAUUCGCGAAGAUAGCCAAAGAAGCAGGGGUUCCGGUGGUCCCGAUGUUCACGAGGAACAUCCAGCAUGGAACGCUCCAACUCGAGUUCCUAAGAUCAGAAACCGUUCAACGAUGGUACGAGUCAACGAAAUUCCCCAUCAUCUUACCCAAAGUCUACCUUCCCGUGAAAAUGAAAACCUGUCUGGGCGAGCCGCUUCUCUGCGGACCUGAUGAUCAGCCAGAGGCCUUCGCGCUGAGA